UUGCUUAUAGAUUCUAUACUGUCAAAUUGUUUUCAAUUGCUUCUUUCGGCUAUAUUUUUUGCAAAUAGUUUAUUGGAUACUUUUAAUUUGUAUUAUUAGCUACAAUUUUACAAAGGAAGCAUAGCAUAAAGCUACAAUUGUGGCAUACAUAAAUACAAUUUAAAUUCUAUAAAGGUUUGGAGAAGAGAAAAGCGAAAGUAAACCGUCGGCAAUUUAUAGAGAAUUGCACUCGAAAUGACACCACCAAGAAAUCAAAAUGCAAGAGCUGGUGGUGGAAGUGGUAACAGGGGAGGCGGUAGCGGCGGUGGUGGUCCUAGAUUUGGACGUGGACAAGGAAAUGCAGGUGGACCUGGCCGGAACAUACGUUCUGGACGAGUAGAGCGUAGGGGACGUAAUGGACCGGGGGGUGGUGGUGGUGGUGGACCACCCGGAGGUCGAGGUGGUCGCGAUAGGUUUGGAAAUGGCGGUGGUGGCAGCGGAGUUGGUGGUGGUAAAUACGAAAGUGAUUUUGCAAGUUUGAUAGACGUAAAUUGGGGUCAAUUUAAAUUGCCUCCAUUUCAAAAGAAUUUCUAUAAAGAACAUCCCAUAACCAGAGGACGAUCGCAGCAAGAAGUUCAACGCUACAGAGCCGAAAACGAAAUCACUGUACGCGGACCCGCUCCAAACCCAAUAAUAUAUUUCGAUGAGGCUUGUUUUCCCGACUACUGCAUGAAUGAAAUACGUCGCCAGCGUUAUAAUCAACCAACCCCAAUUCAAGCACAAUCCUGGCCAAUUGCAAUGAGUGGCAAAAAUUUGGUCGGCAUUGCCAUGACUGGUUCUGGCAAAACAUUGGCAUUUAUUCUGCCCGCCAUUGUACACAUAAACCAUCAGCCACCCAUUCAGCCGGGUGACGGACCCAUAGCAUUGGUAUUGGCACCGACCCGUGAAUUGGCACAACAAAUACAGACAGUAGCAAAUGAUUUUGGUUCGACGGUGCAUGUACGGAAUACCUGCGUCUAUGGCGGAUCAUCGAAAACAAGGCAGAUGCAAGAUUUACAAAAUGGUGUAGAAAUGGUUAUAGCCACACCCGGAAGACUUUUAGAUUUCUUAUCGAGUGGUACGACAAAUAUGAGACGUUGCACAUAUUUGGUAUUGGAUGAGGCUGAUCGCAUGUUGGAUAUGGGUUUCGAACCGCAAAUUCGUAAAAUAAUGGGUCAAAUCAGACCCGACCGUCAGAUACUUAUGUGGAGUGCUACAUGGCCCAAAGAAGUUCGCCAGCUGGCUGAGGAUUUCUUGGGGAAUAAUUAUAUACAAAUUAACAUCGGAUCAUUGGAAUUGGCUGCAAAUCAUAAUAUUCGUCAAUAUGUUGACGUUUGUAUGGAAUCGGAAAAGGGCACGCGCCUGAAGGGCUUGCUAUCGCAAAUCUAUGACCAACCUCAACCUGGCAAAAUUAUCAUUUUCGUAGCAACCAAAAAGAAAGUCGAUGAGUUGUCACGAUUCAUUAAUGGAUUUGGUGUGCGAGUGGGUUCCAUACAUGGCGAUAAAUCACAAACGGAUCGUGAUAAUGUACUAACCGAUUUCCGUGUCGGUCGGACUAAUAUCUUGGUUGCCACUGAUGUGGCUGCUCGUGGUUUAGAUGUUGAUGGCAUUAAAUAUGUCAUUAAUUUUGAUUUCCCCCAAUCGUCGGAGGAUUACAUCCAUCGUAUUGGUCGUACUGGUCGCAAACAUUCCACUGGUACUUCAUAUGCAUUUUUCACGCGAAAGAAUGCCCGCUGUGCCAAGGCAUUGGUGGAUAUAUUACGUGAAGCCAAUCAAAAUAUCAAUCCAGAUCUCCAAUAUAUGGCCAACAAUGCCGAUGAUAUCAUCAACAAAGAUAAGCUUUUACGAAAGACAGGAUUUGGAGGAGGUGGUGGCAGUAGUUUUGGUCGUGGUGGCGGUGGAAAUCGUGGAGGCGGCGGUGCCAAACGCGGUGGCGGUGCUAAUCGUGGUGGCUCAGGGCGACCUGGGCAAAAUUUCAAUCACAACAACAACAAUCAAAAUAGUUUUGGUAAUAAUCGUGGCGGCGCCAACCGUGGUGGUGCCAAUCGUAAUGGAUCUCGUGGAAAUUUCUCCAAUUCUAGACAUUAGAAUUUAAAAAAAAAACAUGAUCUUAUCUUAGUUUUGUAGUUAUUAUCGUAACCAAUUAUUAUCAAACCAAUUGAUUCCUCAUAUACAAUGAAUAAAUGUUUAUCGUUUUGUAUUAUUUUCGGAAUUUUUGAAAUCCAAAAAGAAAAUAUACCCCCUUUCCAUUAAUUUAUAAAAUUUAUUAUUUCUUUCCAACCUUAAAUAUAAUAAUAAUAAAAAUCCAAACAUUGCAUAUUGCAGGUAUAUAAAGA